AUGACCCCUAAUUUUGCAUAUGUAGUCUGUUCAAUUGAAGAGUCAAAAGAUCUCAGUAGAGUUUCAAUUGAUGAACUGCAAAGCAAUUUAUUGGUUCAUGAGCAACAAAUGACUGCACAUGUUGAUGAGGAGCAGGCUUUGAAGGUUACAUAUGGAGAGUCUUCAAGAGGACAAAGACAUGGUAGCUUUCGAGGUAGAGGCAGAAGUAGUGAGAGACAUAAUUAUGAAAAGUCAAGUAUUGGAUGUUUUGGUUGUCAUAAGCUUUGGCAUUUUCAGUAUGAAUGUCUAGGAAAAUCACAAGAGAGGGCACAUUAUGUGGAAACAGAAGAAGAAAUGUUGCUGAUGUCUUAUAUAGAUGAAGGAAAGAAAAAUCAAGAUGAAAUUUGUAUGGGGUUCCUUGAUUCAGGCUACAGUAACCACGUGAGUGGCAAGAAAAAGUUGUUUACAACUUUUGUUGAAAGUUUUAGAGAAAUAGUAAAACUAGGCAACAACUCAAGGGUGAAAGUGAUGGGAAAAAGAACUGUUGUGAUGAUAGUGAAUGGAAUUACUCAGGUCAUCACUAGUGUGUUCUAUGUUCCAAAUUUAACAAACAAUCUACUAAGCAUUAGGCAGCUAGCUGAUAAGGGUCUGGAAAUUGUCAUUAAAUAA